AUGCCUCUCAUCCCGGGGCUGCUACGUCGGCGGGGGCCUUCGAGCGAUGUGGACAUGCGACGACAUAGCCUGCUGCUGUCGCCGGAUGCGAACAACCAGCCAGUACUCGGCGGCCGAGCGAGCGAGCAGAUCCCACGACGCCCUUCACCAGCGGAAUUCCUGACUCCUUCAGCUUUAUCGCCAGCUAAGGCAGAUCGAUCCGCUGCAAGACGGUCGUCAAUGGUUGCUGAGGUUGGGGCUGACCCCUUGAUGCGGUCGGUAUCCCCUCCAGUGCAAGACGAGACACAGAAGCAUCGGCGGUUUUCCAUGCUGAAAUUCCGCAAUGCUUCGGACUCGCAGCUGUCCUCGAGAGCUCGCUUUCAUGCUGCUCGGGCGGACGCGCCGCCUCUUCCCCAUCCUCCGGCAAUCAUCACGACGGCCCCGACGAUGGAGAUGAACGUCACGAAACCAACGAAGAAGAAGUCCAGGGUACGCAUGCCGGGACGCAGGAAGUCGUCUAUGGAUAUCCAAGAGGAGGAACCUAUGCCGACGACGACGCUAAAUGACAAGAAGGCGAAGAAGGAGCGGAGGAAGACUAUGACCGAAAGCGCUCCGUCAGGUAGCAAGAGUCGAGUUACUUUUGAUGAACCUGCACGGCCGUCACCGCAUGCUAUUGCAACCUCGCCGCCUGCGUACGGUGAUGAGGCACAUUCGACAUUGGCGCUCCCGGUCACUCGAUUAUCUGAAUCCUCGAGGUCUGAUGGCAGCUGUGGAGAUCAUGGCGUGUAUGCAACGACUACCACUACUACGCAUACCGUCCAUACUACUACAACUUUCUUCCGUCUCCCACGCCGGAAGAAGACCCCAGCACCCUUUUUCGAUCUCUCCCAUCUCCCGCAGAAAUCCAAUCCUCAAGAUCAAGCCCAGUUAUUGGCCGCUUCUCGAGCAUCUGCAAGCUCCUCUCGACUUACCGCGCCCGACUCCCCUUCGAUGAAGGCAUUGCGCUCGCCUUCGGUUGACGAUGUAGGAGGUCAUAGUCAUACAUUUGGCUCGCCUCUACCGUCACCGUCACACAGUGCUAUCCUAAAGUCCUCAGCAGCCUUUGCUACACCAGGAGCACCAUUAUUCCGCCAAGGAUCAUCAGCAUCUUCUAUAUCCUCUCCCACCCGUGCGAGGCUAACUCAGCGCGGAAGGUCAUCUACGCUCAAUUCCCUUCGGAAUAUGCCUAGUGACGACAACUUGCCAACCCCAACGCUCCCACCAUCUGGUCGGACCUCUACCUCUACUGGCCGGAAGAGCUUUGGUGAUUUGUUUGGCCUUUCUCAUCGUCUUCGUCAGAACUCGGAGCCUCCUUACCCGCGUAAUUCAAACCCUGCUACACCAGGUUCAAACACGUCAAAGAAUAACUCUAUGCAAUUGGUGAGAGAGCCCGCUAUCGUCUUGCCAGAACGGUAUGAGGAUGAUACACCUGCGAAGUAUCUUGUAAGACUCGAAGAGGCAGUAAGCAGAGGCGUCGUUGCCAGUGUAUUAUCCAAAGGCACGGAUCCGUUCUCCCAAGCCGUCCUCAGAAGCUACAUGAGAGGUUUUGGUUUCUUUGGUGAUCCCAUGGACAUGGCGAUUCGGAAGCUACUGAUGGAAGUUGAAUUACCGAAAGAGACGCAGCAGAUUGAUAGAUGCCUGCAAGGGUUUGCCAACCGAUAUCACGAAUGCAACCCGGGAAUAUACGCAUCGCCUGACCAGGCCUACUUCAUCGCCUUCUCACUCCUUAUCCUACACACCGACGUAUUCAACCCGAACAACAAGCACAAGAUGCAAAAACACGAUUAUCUAAAGAACACCCGCGGCGAGGGCAUAUUCGACGAGAUCCUGGGAACGUUUUACGAUAAUAUCUCGUACACCCCUUUUAUCCAUGUUGAAGACGAUCUGGAUAUCAAUGGGGAACGGAUUAUACAACAUAAGACGAAGAAGAAGUCUAUUUUCCCCCGUGCGAAUGUGGAUCCAACGAAACGGCCAUCUAAGGAACCGGUUGACCCUUAUACCCUUAUCAUUGACAGUAAACUCGAUACGUUACGGCCUAAUCUGAAGGAAGUGAUGUAUUUGGAAGAACAUUACUCUUACCUUGGGACAGCCCCCUCGUUGAAUCUCCAGGAUCUGCAGAAGACAUUCUUCCGCACUGGAAUUCUGCAAAUCGUUUCGGCUAGGUCGCGACCGGACGCCUUCAUGUCCGAGAAGACUGUCAGCAAUCCUGAAGAAGCGCAUCCUGGAAUUGUGGAUAUCAAGAUCACGAAGGUCGGUCUCCUCUGGCGGAAGGAUGCCAAGAAGAAGAAGACCAGAUCUCCAUGGCAGGAAUGGGGCGCGAUUCUUACUGGCGCUCAGCUCUAUUUCUUUCGAAACACCAAUUGGAUCAAGAGUUUGAUGCAUCAACUUGAGACACAUACCAAGCAGGGUCAUGAUGGUAUUCCAGUGAUUUUCAAGCCUCCUCUUGAACAAUUCAAGCCGGAUGCCCUGAUGUCGACUGAUGAUGCGGUGGCAUUGCUGGAUUCGACCUACAAAAAGCACAAGAAUGCUUUCGUUUUUGUUCGUCAUGGAGGGUUCGAAGAGACAUUCCUUGCUGAUAACGAACAUGAAAUGAACGAUUGGCUUGCAAAGCUCAACUAUGCAGCUGCAUUCAGGACCUCUGGUGUCCGCAUGCGCGGCGUAGUGGGAGGGAACUACGAAGGCCAGCGGACUCGUGGAAUACGGCGCUUGGAAAGCCGCAGUGACUCUGCCAAAUCAGUCCAAACUCCAACAGGAGAAGUGACUAUUAUAAGCGGGAAGAUCGACACAAAGAUGGCACACGAUAUACUUUGCGCCCGCCGGGAGAUCAUGCAGCAGAAAAUCCAGGAGGCGGAGGAGAAACUUGCCGUCGCACAAAAGCAACUAGAUACCCAACUGAGAAAUGCUCGCCAUCUUCAAAUUCUCGCACCGAUCCAGCAGAAGACUCGGGAACAAAUCAUCCUGGCUGCUGGCCGGAUGGCAGCACAGUUGAAGUGGGGUAGGAUGGAGAUUUGGCGGCUUAGAUGUCAUAAGGAUAUUCUUUCCAUGGAUUUGGAGGAGGAGAGCAAAUCAGACGGGACUGUAUCAAAACAGGAGACAGUUGGGGAGACACCAAGCUCGGACCGUAUUGCGCUCGCUCGCCUGCCUUCCAAAGCAAGCAGUGUCACUCCCCAGCGCGCUCCCCGAUCCCCAACCCAAUCAGCCUAUCGCCCAUCUACAUCGGCACAACAGUCACCACAGUAUGAAAGCGAUCUCCAACUGGACGACUUUUUCCAGGCUCCACCUGCGCUUUCUAGUCCUGCUACCUUCCAAAAGCAACAAGCAUCUUGGGAGCUCCCACCUCUUAAAUUCGAUGCCCAGAAAACACGGAAAGCGUCCGUGUCAAGUGCUGUUCCUUCAAGUCCUAAUCUCGCCUCAACGCCGUCAAAAGCUAGUCUAAGACCAGUAUCUAGCGGCGAUCAACCACGCCCGUCAACUCCAAGACCUGAUGCUACAGAACAAGCAGUUUUAGAACAAGCCGGUCUCUUAGAAUCGGAUAAGAGCCCAAUCAGAAAACGACCCAGUGAUCUCAAGAGCGAGGAAAGUAAGGAUCAGGUAGCUGAGAAGGACAAGUUGGAUCGAGGAAAGAUCCGUCGAAGUCUUCACCGCACACUUCGGGACGCUCAUGUCCCGACUCAUCACCGAAGCCGAAAGGGCAAGGAUUCUGCAUCGAGUGCCAUCCUAUCUGAGGAGGGCAGUCGUGAGGAUGUCUUGUCGCGUGGUACUGGUAGCUUUACAGUCCAUGGCAAAAAGGCAUCCGUCAUCCAGUUCGGCUCGGAGCUUCAAAAUAUGUCACCAGAAGAGCGCCUACGGUUGCGGAAACAGCCCCACAAGGACGAGUUUGGGGGCUCCCCAUCUGCAGCCUUCGACAGCGACUUCAAUUCCAUGCUCGCCGAACCUCUCGAAUUCCGUGAGCGUCAUGGCUCGGCUGCCACGGCAAGCAGCGCCACGGCCAAGAGCUUCAAGGAACUCCACAACAGGAUCCGUUCCGGUUCUUCUAGCAUCCCUGGUAUCAUCACCUCUGACGGCUAUGAUAGCGAGGUCGCGGUUAGCUUUUCUGACGGCCGACGCACCCCUCUCCCUCCCGUCGAAGACGAGGAUGGAAGAUUAAGUCGCCCUGUUAGCCACAACGCCCAAGCUGCAUUCUAUACGCCCGAAGCUUCAAAUUCCCCUGUGAGGGAGGAGUUUUCCGAAAAGAACCAGUCUGGAACUGAUGAGGCUGAUGAUGCCGAGGGCGAGAAAUUGCACACCCCCCUUCCUCCUACUUCCGUUGGUGCAUGA